AUGCAUCUCAUACUUACAGGCGCGACGGGGCUGGUAGGCGCAUCUGUGCUCCACAACAUGCUCGCGCAAGAGAGCAUUAGUCGCAUAUCAAUCCUUAGCAGACGACCUGUCAAGAUGGCCGAAGGACAUGUCAAGGCGAAAGUCAUCAUCCAUACAGACUUCAAAGUCUACGACAAAGCUCUCUUGGACGAACUGAAGGAUGCACAAGGUUGUGUCUGGGCUUUGGGCGUAUCGCAGAACGACGUCAGCAAGGAGGAAUAUCUCAAAAUAACCCACGAUUACGCCAUGGCUGCCGCGCGUGCCUUUUCUACAAUCCACCCAGAUUCGCCCUUUACGUUUCUCCAUGUCUCCGGCGAGGGCGCUACGCAGUCGCCAGGCACCUUCACAAGUCUAUACGCACGAGUCAAAGGGCAGGUCGAGUCGGAGCUUGUCGACUUGGGUAGAUUGAACCCCAUGUUCAGGGUGUAUAACGUACGACCCGGCGGCGUGGAUUGGACAAAACACAUGGCGAUCCACCCGUUCAUACCGCCGCAGGCAAUGUACAAGAAGAUGCUGAUACCACCAAUGAAUCUGUUCUACAAGGCUAUGAUGACGCCAGCGAAGGAGAUGGGUAGAGUCAUGACAGAGUUGGCCAUGUCCAAAGGCGAGCCACUAGAAGGGGCAGACAUUGGUAUGGAGGGACGACUUGUAUCCAACUUGGCCAUCAGACGCAUGGCGGAGCUAUAG